AUGUCAGACCAAGAUGAAUCAAAGAGGAUGACAGAACAGCAGGAGGAAUCUAAACGGAUUUCAAUACAGGUAUCCUCGCUUUCAACUCAAUUGAUUGAAAGUAUAGACAAACAAUCGAGAUUAGAAGAACAUUUGAAUCAAGCCAAGAAGGCUUUGUCAGCUCAAAAGGAUUCUAUAAGUCAGUUUGAUAGUUUGAAACAACAGCUUAGUGAUACAAAGAAGCAGUUAGCUUAUACAGAAGAGGAAUUAGCGGUUAAAAGGCGAGAGCUAGUUGAGGCACAAGAAGUCCGUGUUGCGGCAGAACGUGCUGCAGAGAAGUUGAAUAAAGAAAUAGAGGAUUUAACGACUUCUUUAUUUGAUGAGGCGAAUAGUAUGGUUGCAAAUGCGAGGAAGGAAAAGCACGAUGUUGAGGUGUUGAAUUCGAAGUUACAGGAACAACUACGUGAGAAAGAUAUGUUGUUAGAUACUUUGAGUAUCCAGUUAAGAAAUUUAAAGGAGGUGCUAUACAAAGUUGAAGAUGAACACAAUACUUUGAAUAGCUAUAGACAAUCUAUAAUUAUGGAAGGCAGUAAUGGAUCCAAUGCAUCCCUAGAUAAGGAGGCGCUAGGUAAUCCAGGCUUGAUUUAUGAUCACCACCAUCAUAUGAAUUUACUAUUUUCACCGUUAGCGCAAUCUUUGAGGUAUGACAUCCCAUUAUAUACAGAAUACCUUAGAUUUUUGGCAGUAUUGCCAAUGUGCAAGGGCAUUAAAGAUACUAGGCAUGAUUCGAAAUUUUUGCGUAGGUUAGUCCUGGACGAAAUUCAGCCUGUGCUACGGCUCGAUGCCGCCUCCGGUUUAGGUUGGCUAGUUAGAAGGAACUUGAUGAACUUGAUGAUCGACGGACUAGUUGUUGUGGAACCUCUUAGUGGAAUUAAUGAAACGUACCGCAUUGGCUAUGCAUCCCCCCAAAGUAAUAGCCAUAAGGUCACUGAAGUGGAUAAUGCUAAGAUGUUUAAUUAUCCGUCGAACUCGCCCCCGGUCGCUAUUCAAGAUCCCUGCGCAUUUUGUUCGGAAUCCCGCAAUGACAUUCUUGAACAUGGAAGGCUAUACGUAUUAAAAACAUUACAAAAAAAUGAAGACGGUUCCACCACAUCCGAAACUCAGUAUCCUUUGUGCCAUUACUGUCUACUUAAGGUAAGACAGACAUGUGAAAUUUUUGCGUUUUUAAGAUCUUUAAAAUCGGGAGCUUGGAACUUGGAAAAUGUUACUCUAUCCUGUGCAAGACCAGGUAGCGAUGAAUUUACUAAGGUUGACCGUAAUAGCACAACAAAUUCGGCUUCAAACAAAGAGGCCAAUUCAACAAGUUCCAAGAGGCUAAGCUUUAUGAGUGGCUUGUCUAGAACAUCUUCCUCCACUAGAAUGACGCCUAGGAUUGAAACUGUUACCGAUUUCUCGGAAAGAAAGGGUCUCCCUUCAACAAACGUUCAAAGGUCGUGGGUUCAUCUAUGUAAAUUGCGGGCUUCUUUGCAUUGGUGUCACAUUGGUGUGUGGACCCUUGAGGAUUCUAUACAGUUAAAAGUAGCACCAAUGUCCGCGCAGGCGAAAGUGGUAACUUCUACUAGAAGUUCAGUUGUACCACAGAAUUGGACAGAAGACAUAUGUUCCCCACAAUCGGGCGAGAACUUCUUUGUGUUUCAGCAUGAAGAUGGAUUAGAAGAUGAGGAGUUUGACUUUGAGAAUGGCGAAAAGACCUUAGAUACAAUAAAGGCAGAGGUAAUUGAACAGGGUAUCUCGAAAAAUCUCGAAAAUGAGGCAGCUUUGAAUAAAAAGAAGAGUGUAGAAACGAUGGCUGAGCCCACGACAAAGCCGGAUUCAACCGUGAACUCUUCAUCGAGACCCAAUGUAGUAGAAAAAGGAACGAAUUUAUACGAGGGAAGUCAUCCUGUGCCUCCAGAACAAAUAGAGGACGAAGUGGAUGAGGUGCAAGAGUCAGAUGAGGUCAAGGAGGUGCAUGAAGAGCAGGAGAAACAAAAAAUUCCAUUGAGGAUUCUAAACGACCUUCUGAUAGCAAAAUUACAACUAAUGAAAAGCAUAGUGAACCCAUCAAAUCUAAACCACAGACUGAAUCAUCAUGCUUAG